UUUUAUACUAGGAUAUCGAUAUGAACAACCCAACCGCCCAUCUCUACGGAUUUUAAAUUGAAUAUUCUUCCGACCAAAAUUCGUGCCACCUUAAAGUUUUGAAAGCCAACCGAAGAGCUCGAGUCAUAGCUGGCCGCCGACCAUCUACCCUACAGCCAAUAUAAAAGGCGUCUGACUGUUUUUCCAGGUAUUUUCGAUCGGACACCCAAAAUGCGCCGGCCAUAGGAGAGAGCGAUUGAACCGAAAGAACACAACUCCGCCCGCAGUCUUCGGUAGCCUAGCCACAGCCACAGUAUCCCCAGCAAUCCUUCGCAGACGGUCAAACAACUCGAGAUAAACCGUAAACACGAGUCUAGAGAAUGGUCAGAAAGCAAGUCGGACUCGAAAACAGCGCAUCCCUAGCAGUAAGCCAGCAGCAGCCGAAGCAGCAGCAGGAGGAGCAAAAGGAUAACAAGCAGCAGCAGCAGAAGCACCAGGAGCAGGAUCAGCCGAUCGACACUGACCUAAGCCAAAGGAGCAGCCCCAACUACGCCAAGCAGGCGCAGGCCAUCUACGCGCCCCUGCAUCCUUCGCUCGCCUCCUUGUCCACCGGCUACGACCAUGGCAGCUCGCGUGUCUUCAGCCUGCAGCACACGCACAUCGCCACGAUGCCCUACAAUCUGCACGCCGUGUCGCCCCAGAACAUGGUCGCCAGCUCCGGCCAGGCCAUCCUGCCCUCGGAGAUACCCAUCGAGGACGAGGAGCGGCUGGAGCGCAUCUUUAACAAGCUGGACCGCGACGGCGACGGCCGGAUCGACAUCCACGACCUGUCGGCGGCGCUGCACGAGUUCGGUCUGUCGAGUGUCUACGCUGAGAAAUUCCUCCAGCAGUCGGACAAGGACCAGAGUGGCAACGUGGGCUUCGCCGAGUUCAUGCACUACGUCAGGGAGCACGAGAAGAACCUUGUCCUGCAGUUCUCGCACCUAGACAAGAACCGAGAUGGCAAAGUGGACUUGGAGGAGCUAAUUUCCGCCUUCAAAGACCUUGGUCUGGACAUCGACUUGGACGAGGCGAGGAAGCUGCUCACCAGAAUGGACAAGGACGGAAGCCUGAACAUUAGCUUUAACGAGUGGCGCGACUUUAUGCUCCUGGCGCCCUCUUCGGACAUACACGACUUGAUCAAAUUUUGGCGACACUCUACUUACCUCGACAUUGGCGAGGAUAUGAACGUACCUGAUGACUUCACACAGAAGGAGAUGCAGACAGGCCUCUGGUGGCGGCACUUGGUAGCGGGUGGCAUUGCGGGAGCAGUGUCCCGGACGUGCACAGCACCACUGGACAGAAUCAAAGUGUACUUACAGGUACAAACGCAAAGAAUGGGAAUCUCAGAGUGUAUGCAGAUCAUGCUUAAUGAAGGCGGAUCGCGGAGUAUGUGGCGCGGCAACGGCAUCAAUGUCUUGAAGAUUGCUCCCGAAACCGCCCUAAAGUUUGCUGCCUACGAGCAGAUGAAGCGACUGAUCCGCGGAGAGGAUGCCAGCCGGCAGAUGAGCAUCGUCGAGCGCUUCUAUGCUGGAGCGGCGGCCGGUGGCAUUUCCCAGACCAUCAUCUACCCCAUGGAAGUAUUAAAGACGCGCCUGGCGCUGAGGAAGACUGGCCAGUACGCCGGCAUCGCAGAUGCUGCGGCAAAGAUCUAUAAGCACGAGGGUGCGCGAAGCUUCUACAGGGGCUAUGUGCCGAACAUCCUGGGAAUCCUGCCAUACGCCGGCAUCGAUCUGGCCGUAUAUGAGACUCUGAAACGACGAUACAUCGCCAGCCACGACAACAACGAGCAGCCCAGUUUCCUGGUGCUCCUCGCUUGUGGCAGCACAUCGAGUGCGCUCGGCCAGCUCUGCUCCUACCCCCUGGCGCUGGUGCGGACUCGGCUACAGGCACAAGCCGCCGAAACAAUUGCCAAUCAAAAGCGUAAGACCCAGAUCCCCCUGAAGAGCAGCGAUGCGCAUAGCAGCGAAGAGACUAUGACGGGCCUGUUCCGCAAGAUCGUGCGACAGGAGGGCCUCACGGGGCUGUACCGCGGCAUUACGCCCAACUUCCUCAAGGUCCUGCCGGCGGUCUCCAUCAGCUACGUGGUUUACGAGUACUCGAGUCGUGCCCUGGGCAUCAAGAUGUCGUGAGAUGUUUCUGUUUUCAUCUUGCUCCGGACGGGCUCGACUGCCGGGACCCUUGGCUGACCCCGCGUCCGGGUGUUUGCAGUGCAGACCGCCCGGACCGCGGCGGCAGCUGCUGCUGUGCUCCUUUUGUAUAGUUGUAGUGGUAGGUUAAGUCGGGCGGCCCGCCACUCGCUCUCUGCUACUUUCCUUAAGUGUAAACAGGCCUCUUCCAUGUUCUGGGUUGAAUCUAUCCUUUUUAAUUUAUAGUUAAAUUAGUUCGAUUACUUUCUAAAAAAUACAAAAUAAGUGAUACUAUGGCUAAUUUAUUUAUAAAAGCGAAAACAAGUGUUACAAACCCGCACGCGCCCACACCUUCUUAGGCUAUCCUGCGACCGACCUACCUGCAAGUAGGACCUAGGCCACUCUCUAAUUCUUAAGUGCUAAUUUAUUUACAUUUGUACGUAGGCUAAACUGCUCGCAGUGCUAUACCAAAAAACAAAAAAAAAAAAAAACAAACAAAAGAAUGGAAGAGAAAGCGGAACUGGCCACGAGAAAGUUUCCGGAUACGGAUCCGGAUCGGGUCGAGCGAGCGAGGCAGGCUGAGUGUGAGGAAUUUCGUAUAGAAUCGAUCGACGACAGCUUGUACACACGGAAAAAGACAUUAAAACUACGAUGUACUCGUUUUUGCAUAGAUUCAUUGGAUUUAACAAAUUAAUGCGAAACACUUAACGUUUACAAUGUGAUGAUAAUAGUUUAUAAUAUACAUAUAUAUAUACCUACUAUAAUACCGACUUGUACGCUUCGGAGCUGUCGGCGGCGAGGCUGAACUUUUGUAGCAUUUUAUUUGUUAAGUUUAGUAACACUUUCUCUUAGAUCGUAUUGCAAAUGAAGCCAACGAGAUUAAUUGUGACUAAAGCUAACAAACAAAACAAAUCAAACGCAUACACCAUGUAAUUUAUUUUAUAUAUAUAUACAUCAUGUGAAUCUAAACACCCGACCCGAACUUGAGUUCAAUCCUAUUUUUACACUUAUAAUGGUUCUGAAUUUAAAGAAUGUAUCUAUAACUUGUACCCUACUCUUAAUUAGCCAAUUGAAUUUUGUACAUCCUUAGUUAAAUAGUGACUUUAAAUAUGAUUUUUCAUUAUCCCUCUAAACCACCCAUCAACGUUCAUUUCUAAGCCCUAUUUAAAAGAAGUUAUUCAUUGAAAACCACGUAAUAAAUACAAUAAUCAAACUGAAAAGCAGUCUUCAUGAUUUUGUUUAUGAUUUUCGACAUUAGUUCCCCUGACUGUGGACUCCACAGGACUUGGUUACGACCCAGAUUUGUAGAAAUAGGCCGAUAUAGGCAGAAAUCGAGCAAAGUUUUAAGAAUUAUUUGUUUCCUAGCGGACCCACGCUCGAAGUUGUUUGACAAAGUCUACUCUUGCUAGUCCUUGAAGAAAUCUUAAACUUAAAUAAAAUUUAACACUAUAUUUAAUGAAAAUAUAUGAUAUAUUUAAAUAAAAUUUUCCAGGAGAAAACAACACAAGAUACUUAAACUAUUUAACAUACGAAUAUAUAACUUUAAAUACUCGGAUAUACAUAUUGUUAUAUUUUUGUACGUUUAGCUAAUUUUUAAAUAAAUUAUUUAAUGUGAUUUAUAAGCCCCAAUUCCAGUUACAAAAUAAACUAAUAAUUAUACAUGA